GUCAUUUUCAUGAGCCGGAAGUGGGGAAAUUGUAGUCGUUCAGAAACCCUGACAUGACAAAUCAAAUCGCACGGUGAUUCAACAUCUCAUUCGCUUACAAAGCAAGCAGAUUUCUGGACGAGUUUCUUCCUACGUAUCAGCAGCAGCAGCCAUGCACGGCCGUGUGAAGGUCAAAACCACAGCCCAGCAGGAGGAGGAGAAAAAGAAAGAGCGGGAGAAGAAGCUGAAGGUCUACGUGGCUGCUCGGGACGCCUGCUUUUCCAAGAGGAAGGAUGGCGUUUUGGACGAUGAAGCCCUGCAGCUGACUCAGCAGCUCCUCUCUGCAAACCCUGACUUUGCAACCCUCUGGAACUACCGACGAGAGAUCCUGACGCACCUGGAAACCGUCAAAGACGAGGAUGAAGCGCAGAAGAUUUACGAGGCCGAGUUGUCGUUUCUGGAAUCUUGCCUGAAAGUGAAUCCAAAGUCCUACGGCAGCUGGCACCACAGAGGGUGGGUCUCGGCCCGUCUGCCUCGACCCGACUGGGCCAGAGAGCUGAGCCUGUGUGAUCGCUGCUUAAGCCUCGACGACCGCAACUUCCACUGCUGGGAUUACCGCCGGAUGGUGGUGAAAAUGUCCGGCGUGCCGGUGAAGCAGGAGCUGGAGUUCACCGACCGCCUCAUAGGCUCCAACUUCUCCAACUACUCCAGCUGGCACUACCGCAGCACCCUGCUGCCGCUGCUCCACCCGGGCUCCCCGGAGCCGCCGCCCUCGCGCUGCGGCGGUGACCCUCCUCACUCCUGCUCGCCGCCCUCCCCUCAGGCCCACUUCCACCGAGUGUGUGAAGAGCAGCUGCUCAAAGAGUAUGAGCUGGUUCAGAACGCUUUCUUCACCGACCCAAACGACCAGAGUGCUUGGUUCUAUUACCGUUGGCUGCUCGGCAGAGCGGAGCGUGAGGAGGUGAUAAGCUGUGCGUACGUCAGUCGGGAGCAGGAGAGAGUCGCCGUCGCCUUCUCCAGGCCUGUCAAUGCGCAGUCCGGCGGUCUGCUGCUGGUCCUCGACGGUCAGCCUCAGAGAGCGGAGUGGCGGAGCGUCCACCCACACUUCAAACACAGUCCAGUCUGGAUCUGCGACCUCCCUCCAGGAACGAUAAGCGACGUCGCCAACGAACACAACCUGACCGUUCACUGGACUGAAAAACACACCCACCGGGACUGCGCCCUCUACACAGGCCGGAGCGAGAGCUGGUGUCGGGACACCGCUACAGACCUCGAGCUGUUCAGGAGUGAACUCUCGGUGGAGAAGACCUCGGUGUUGCAGUCGGAGCUGCAGUCCGUCAACCAGCUACAAGAACUGGAGCCUCUGAAUAAAUGGUGCUUGCUGACCAUUAUCCUCCUGAUGAGGGCACUAGACCCUCUUGGGUAUGAGAAGGAGACCCUCGCUCACUUUCAGACACUCAAAGAAGUGGACUCCGUGCGCUCCGCAUAUUACAGCGACCUGUGCAGCAAGUUCAUGAUUGAGAACACCAUCCUGAAAAUGGAGUACGCCGAAGUGCGAGUCUUCAGUAUCUCUGACAGGAACCUGACCACAUUAUGCCACCUGGACCAGCUGUUAUUAGUGACUCACAUCAAUCUGUCGUCCAAUCAGCUGCGGCGGCUGCCUCCUCAGUUUGCGAUGUUGCAGUGCUUGGAGGUUGUGGAGGCCGAUAACAACUCUAUAGAGAACCUGGAGGGAGUUUAUCACCUUCCCAAACUGGAGGAAGUCUCCUUGAAGAACAACAAGAUCUCCACGCUGGCAGACCUUCAGCCUCUGGCCUCCUGCCCCAAGCUGAGGCGCCUCGAUCUCCGCGGCAACCCCGUCACUCAGACGGCCAACGUGGAGUCGGAGUUGGCCGAGCUGCUGCCCUCCGUCGCUGACCUCCUGCUCUGAUCGCCGCGUCCCGUCGUUCACUCGUCUCUCCGUCUUCAGCUGUGUUUCGGUAGCAGGCAACCCGUGUCUCGUCUCUCUCUCUCCCGUCUCUGAUUAUUUUGUUUUGAAGUGUGUCGUGCCUCUUGUUUGUAGACGGACUGCCAGUCACAGCCAACCCUGAAGCUCUGACAGCCUGAUGGUUCAGAGCGUACAUCACCCACCUGUCCACCACUUGAACACAAAGUCUGCAUUUACAUGUGUGGGGGCGUGUGUGUGUGUGUGUGUGUGUGUGUGUGUGUGUACAGAGGUGAAUGCACGAUAAAACACGUCGCAUUUCUUUGUUUGUGUGGAUGGAUGUCCGGUCCCCCUAAUGCAUGCAGAAACAUGGAGGAAGGAAACAAAAAAGGUGUAAAGUGGAUAUGGAUUGGCGUGCAGCAAUGCUGGUUUAUUGCUUCUCUGAGCUUUGUGCUCAUACAGGUUGAUAGCAGCAUCUUGUAGUAAUCAUUAUUUUUAAAAAGGUUAUCUUAAGACAUUAAAUGACAAUAUACUGUUGCACAGUAGAUUCAAUAAAAACAGCACACAUUGUGUCACUGCCUUCCAGCCA